UGUCCCGGAGGCCGAGUGGCCAUGCCGGGAGCGUGCUGCGCUGGUUCACCACCGUGAUCCUGUGUCUGGCCUUCCUGGGGAUGGGACUAAGUGGUUCUAUACUGGGACCCACGUUUCAAGAUCUGGCCACUAACGUGAACCGCAAUAUCAGCAGUCUUUCUGAAAUAUUUGUGGGUCGUGCUUUAGGAUAUUUGUGUGGCUCUUUGAUUGGAGGAGUUCUUUUGGACUGUAUGAAUCAGUUUUUACUUCUGGGGCUGUCCAUGUGGGUCCUCACUGUGAGUACUUAUCUUAUUCCAUUUUGCAAGACUGCAGUGUUGCUGAUUGUCAUGAUGUCUGCCAUGGGUGUCUCUUUUGGUGUUCUGGAUACAGGUGGGAAAGUGCUCAUCGUGGCUCUUUGGGGGGACAAAAGCCCCCCCCACAUGCAGGCCUCAGACUUCAGUUUUGCCCUGGGCGCCUUCCUGGCUCCCCUGCUGGCUAAACUGGCGCUGGGCCCCACAGUGUCUGCUGACAACCACACAGAGCCCGACUUUCUCCCUGCAGCCCUCAAUGCCUCUUCUGAAGCCGCCUCAGACCCUCUACUCGCAGCUCCCCAUGACAUGAACUUACUGUGGGCUUAUGCUUCCAUAGGCACUUACAUUCUCGUAGUUUCUCUCCUUUUCUUUGCUCUGUUCUUCAUGAAAAGCUCAAGGCAGGGAAAAACAACAGCCUCUGCUCAGCAAUCUCGAAGAGCUCAAUACCACAAGGCCCUUCUCUGUCUGUUUUUUCUGUUCUUCUUCUUCUCUGUUGGGGCUCUGGCAACAUACACUUCUUACCUUUUCUCCUUUGCCACCACCCAUGUUGGCAUGGACGAGAGAGAGGCAGCUGGCUUGAACUCCAUCUUUUGGGGGACCUUCGCAGCCUGCAGGGGCCUGGCAAUGCUCUUUGCUGGGUGUUUACGUCCUGCCACCAUGAUUGUGUUGAGCAACAUUGGCAGCCUGGCCUCCUGUUUGUUUCUGGUGCUUUUUGACAGGAGCUCCCUUUGUCUCUGGAUAGCAACUUCUGUGUAUGGGGCUUCCACGGCCACCCCGAAUCCCAGUGUUUUUUCUUGGAUGCAACAGUACACCACCAUCAGUGGCAAAUCUGCUGCAUUUAUUUUGAUUGGUGCUGCCUUGGGGCUAAUGGCUAUUCCUGCAUUAACCGGAAUUCUUCAAGGACAAUAUCCAGUUCUACCAGUAGUUCUAUAUGCCUGUUUUGGGUCUGCAAUUUUCACUGCUGUUUUAUUUCCUAUGAUGUAUAAAGUAGCUACCUUGCCUCUGCGAAAAGGAAACAGAAAAGGUGAGUGUUCGGGACUAUGAAGAAAAAUAAAAUGAAACUGGUCUUCUCU